AUGGGGUUCAAAAUAGUGGACGAGCAGACGGAAAACCCGUUUUCGAAGCUGGUUUCCGGGCAGACGAUCGUGGAGGUGCCGGAGUUCACGCUGGAAUCGGGCGACAAGAUCUUCAAAGUGCCGGUGGCGUACAAGACAUGGGGCAAACUCAACGACAAGGGAGACAACUGCAUGCUGAUUGCGCACGCAUUGACCGGGUCCGCGGACGUGAAGGACUGGUGGGGCCCGCUGAUCGGCAGAGACCGGGCGUUUGACCCCACCAAGUUCUUCAUCAUCUGUCUGAACUCGUUGGGCAGUCCGUACGGAUCAGCCUCGCCGGUGACCAUGGACGGGGAGUACAACGAGAGAUACGGGCCCGAGUUCCCGCUGUGCACGGUGCGAGACGACGUGCGCAUCCACAAGCUGGUGCUGGACUCGCUGGGCGUGAAGCAGAUCGCAGUGUGCAUUGGUGGCUCCAUGGGAGGCAUGCUUGCGUUGGAGUGGUGUUUCGUGGACGGAGGCAAGUUUGUGCGGAGCCUGGUUGCUCUGGCGACGAGCGCGCGUCACUCGGCGUGGUGCAUCUCGUGGGGCGAGGCCCAGAGACAGUGCAUCUACUCGGACCCAAAAUACGACGACGGCUACUACAGCUUGGACGACCCGCCGGUGAGCGGGCUGGGCGCAGCCAGAAUGGCCGCCUUGCUCACCUACCGGUCCAGAAACUCGUUCGAGAAACGGUUCGGUCGCGGAGCGCCUACACAGCAGCAAAAAAGCAAAGAUUUAUCAAAUACACCCGUUUCCGAGGACUCGAGUGCCGUGGAGGACUCUCCGUCCACCAAGGAGGAGAACUGGCAGAUCCACAAUGACGGCGCGGCCGUUCGCAGCAGAAAGUCGUUCGAGUCGCGGCACGCCAGCAGAUCAAACUCCAUAGACUCGUCGCUCUCUUCCGCAGACAGCGACAGUAUAGACAGCAGUGUUUCUGGUAAGAAGCCUAGAAGGCGGCCGCAGCACUACUUCUCGGCCCAGAGCUAUCUUAGAUACCAGGCCCAGAAGUUCCACCAGCGGUUCGACGCCAACUGCUACAUAUCCAUCACCAGAAAGCUGGAUACGCACGAUGUUGGCCGCGACCGGCCAGAGUUCGACAACGACGCGGCCAAAGCGCUGCAGAGCCUCCAGAUCCCUGCUUUGGUGAUCGGCAUCGACUCGGACGCCCUGUUCACGCUCAGCGAGCAGAUCUUCAUCGCGAAGAACAUCCCCAACUCCACCCUAAAGAAAAUCCACUCUCCAGAGGGCCACGAUGCGUUCUUGCUCGAGUUCAAGGAAAUCAACGACCUGGUCAUGGACUUUGAAAAGACCCAUCUCAAGGAGAUCAUGGACCACGACGGCAACAACAUGGACUGGUCAGAUGAGACCGUCCAGCAGAAGGAGAGUGUUUUCGGCGAAGCAGAGGACGUUGCCAAUUGGUAA